CCUGGAAUAACACUUUGUGCCUCUCUCCUUGCAGGGGGUUAUGAGCGUUUCUCCUCGGAGUACCCUGAAUUCUGUGCAAAAACCAAGUCCCUGAGCAACGUGUCACCCCCCACCAGUGCCGAGCCUCUGGAUUUGGGCUGCAGUUCCUGUGGGACCCCUCUUCAUGAUCAGGGUGGCCCUGUGGAAAUCCUUCCUUUCCUCUACCUUGGGAGCGCCUACCAUGCCGCCCGGCGGGACAUGCUUGAUGCUUUGCUGAACGUCUCCUCAGACUGCCCCAACCACUUUGAGGGGCUCUACCAGUACAAGUGUAUCCCCGUGGAGGAUAACCACAAAGCUGACAUCAGCUCCUGGUUCAUGGAGGCAAUUGAAUACAUCGACUCGGUGAAGGAGUGUUGUGGCCGGGUCCUAGUCCACUGCCAGGCUGGUAUCUCCCGCUCAGCCACCAUCUGCUUGGCUUACCUGAUGAUGAAGAAGCGUGUCAAGCUGGAAGAGGCCUUUGAGUUCGUCAAACAGCGCCGGAGCAUCAUCUCCCCUAACUUCAGCUUCAUGGGGCAGCUGCUGCAGUUUGAGUCACAGGUGUUGGCCACCUCAUGCGCAGUAGAAGCUGUCAGCCCCUCGGGGACACUGCGGGAGCGGGGCAAGGCCACUUCCACCCCCACCUCCCAGUUUGUCUUCAGCUUCCCAGUCUCUGUUGGUGUCCAUGCCACCCCCAGCAGCCUCCCGUACCUGCACAGCCCUAUCACCACGUCGCCCAGCUGUUAG